UAUGGUAAUUGGUGUGUUCUGUCAUGUCAGUUUUGUCAAAACUGCAAAUGGUCGACUGAUGUGGUUUUUGUUAAAUAAUUUCAUAAUUUCAUCGCUUUGUAUUUUAGCAUUUAUCAACCACGGAAUUUGGACCAAACUAUUUAUUUACCCACUAAAAGUAUACUGGACUAUACCUGAGGAGACACAGCGUCCGUGAUCUUGAACUCUAAUCAUUGUCAUGGGGCAAUAUUUAUACCUAUUUCAUUAGAGUUAUUAAACCAAUAGGAUUUUUGGGUUAAUACAUCGAUAGCUUAAACACUGUAACAAUGACAACGUCUUCUGAAGACGUUUUGUUGAGUGUAGGCUACGUACGAUAUAAGAAGGGUGACGGUACCUUGUAUGUGAUGAAUCAGAGGUUGGCAUGGAUGCUGGAAAAUAGAGACACUGUUGCUGUAUCGCACAAAUAUGCUGAUAUUAAAACACAAAAGAUAUCACCAGCUGGUAAGCCUAAAGUGCAACUGCAAGUGGUGCUCCAUGAUGGAACAUGUUCCACAUUCCACUUCGUCAACCCUGCAGGCCCAGAGGCGCAGGCUAAGGACCGGGACCAGGUGAAAGGCUUGCUGGUGAAUCUGUUACCUAAGUUUAAGAGGCAAAUUGAUGGAGAACUAGAGAUGAAGUCCAGGCUCUUGUCUCUUCAUCCAACUCUGAAGCAUUUAUAUGAAGACUUAGUAAUAUCAAAAGUGAUUAAUAGUGAAGAGUAUUGGAACACACCCACUUUGAAACAUUAUACUGAAUCUAAUAAUAUUAAGCAGGAGGCGGGUGUCUCUGGAGCUUUUCUAGCCGACAUCCAGCCCCAAACAGAUGGCUGCAAUGGCCUCAAAUAUAAUCUCACACAGGAUAUAAUAGACGCUAUUUUCAAAACAUACCCUGCUGUCAGAAAGAAACAUAUAGACUAUGUGCCCAACAAGAUGACUGAAGCGGAAUUCUGGACCAAAUUCUUUCAAUCUCAUUAUUUUCACAGAGACCGCAUAGCAUCAUCUUCUAGCAAAGAUUUAUUUGGAGAAUGUGCAAAACUAGACGACCACGCCAUUGCCUCAGCUAUGAGACACACCACACUGGACCUCACGGUGGAUCUGCCUAAAUUCUCGGAGCCUAUUCCUCUCUUACCGACGGAAGACGACGCCCCCGUUGAGAAAGACAAAGGCGACAGCACGUCCAUACAUAGGAAUAUGAUCAAACGGUUCAACCAACAUUCUAUUAUGGUGCUCAAAGCUAGUCAAAAAACAAAUUCUAGUAGUAGUGAUAGCAAUAGUAAAACUACAAACAAUAACAACAAAGUGGUAGAAAAUGGGGUUAAAGAAACGAAUGGCACCGCUGAGAAGAGGCCAGCUGAUGAAAAAAAUGCUUCAGAGCCCGUGGACAAGAGAAGAAGGAUAUUAGAAAAGAUACAUUAUGAGGAUCUAGAAGAUUCAAAUAGGAAUGAAGAUGCACAGGAACUGAAAUUAUCCAAGAUUGAAAGGUAUUUAUUAGGACCGUCGUCGCAAGUGAACCAAUCAAGUUCGAGUACGAAUCACCCACCGCCUUUGUCCGCUCUAGCUUCAAUAUGUCAGGCGUGGUCGAGCGGGCAGCAGUGCGCGCGGCCGAUCCGCGUCGGCGCGGCGGGCUGCGUGGCCGCGCUCGGCGAGCUCAGCCCCGGCGGCGCGCUCAUGCGGCAGCACCACGCCGCCGCCAUGGCGCAACUGAUCCCGGCCGACGUGAAAUCCGAGCUGAACCGGCUGUACCUGUCCGCGGGGGAGCUGCUCCGCGAGCUGUGGCGCUGCUUCCCCGCGCCCGCCACGCCCGCGCAGGAGGCGGACAGCGCGCGCGCAGAGAAGUUCUACGAGGCGCUGCUGCGCUUCAGGAACGUCAAGCUGAGGCCGUUCGAGGAGAAAAUGCUUCACGACCUGACACCACUAGCAACAUCACUUACGAAACACAUCAACCAAAUGAUAGACGUGGCCUGUACGAAGUACGCGCUUUGGCAGCAAAGGCAAGCCAAACUUCGGUAGUAUUGUAUGUAGUACCAGGGGACUUACUCUUGGUGUCAUCGAAAUCUAUGUUCUUUUUGUGUUUAUCCAACAAAGCUGGCACAU